GGCUUGACAAAGGCCUGUCACUCCGGUUAGGCCGUCAUUCAUCAUUUCUGUUGAGAAAGAUCGGCUACUCCCAAGAUCAGGGAGACAGCAACACAUACAACAGCACGCCAGGAUAUGAAACCCGUCCUUGUUGAUUUCGCUGGAUAAAUUAGUUUUAUAAUUCUAACCUGGAGAUUUUUUAAUCUGGACAUUUAAAUUACAUUUAAAAAAUAUGAUAACAGUGUUACACAAUUCAUGAAGGUAUUAGUAUGACAGUGAAACAACUCAAUGAAUUUAGUUAUUCUUUGAAUUUUUGGAAAAUUGAGACAUGAAUAUUAAAAGUGUACAUGAAGGCUUAUAGGGUAAAGGUCAGGAGAACUGACCACCAUGGCCAGGGUACAGUGCUUUGCUAUACUCACAACAGACCCCAGGGCAGUGUGCUGGGCAGGCGGUGUACUGGACGGGAAAGUCACCUUGGAUAUCACAACACCUCUGCCAGUUAGAGGUGUGAGGAUGACGUUUUUUGGUGAAGGUCGAGUUGAGUGGGAUGAAGGUCACGCCGUCUCUCAAGUGAGCAGACCAAAGAGGGUGUGGAAGAAUGUUCGAACUGUCCACGACAUUGAGAUCUACUCAAAGACGACAACGAUCCUGUAUGGCGCAGAUCCCGAGAGCACCUACAACCACAUACUACCUGCUGGCAACCACACGAUGCCAUUUGAACUUCCUGUGCCCUCUGACCUCCCCUCGUCGUUUGAAGGCACCCACGGCUAUGUGCGCUACUGGCUGGAGUGUAUGCUGGAUGUUGUGGGUCACGUGGAGCAGGUCACCAAGAAAGCUUUCACCGUCAUCAGCAAGUACAACCUCAACACGGACCCGGUGGCUGAUAAAGCAAUCAAACGUCGAGAAGAGGUGACCGUCUGCUGUAGUUGCUGUUCCCCUGGGUUCUUUGACGUAAGAUAUUACGUCAGCAGACGAGGCUACGUGCCUGGCGAGAAGAUGGUCAUAGAUCUACGUGUACGAAACUACACCAGUUCCUUACUUCACCUCACACUCAAGUUUCAAAUGAGUACAAGUUACCACGCUAAAACGAAGACCGUGAAGAUAGACAAAAGAUUACAUGAGGGGAAGAAAAAUAUAAAUCCUUCAGACGUGCUGAAAUGGAAUCCGGAAAUCGCCAUCCCUCCACUUCCGCCCACUGGUCUAGGAGGAAGCCGGGUCAUUGACAUUCGAUACUGGCUUGAGCUUGAGCUAGUAUCAGAUGCCUUCCUGGCUGAUUCUAUCAAGUUUGCCGACGAGAUUAAAGUUGGGACACUACCUCUAAACAACAUCACGUCAGCGCUGCCCCUCACUGGCCAGCCGGACUCUCGAGAUGGACGUCAUUUGCUUCCAAUAGGUUAUCCAAUGCCGGAGGUUCGGGGCCCGCCAGCACCAGCUAUCAAGGGCCAAAACGACAUUCCCAGCUGGACAGUUAGUGACGCGGAGUCAGCUGAGUCGGCGCAUCGGUAUCGUGGACAUAACGGCCACAUCAAACCAAAGUCACUUCCAUCUAGCUCUUCUGGCUGGUGAGGAAAUAAAAGCACACAAGAAUACUUGGAUUAUAUUUCAUUGGUCCUUAACGGC